AUGCAAGACCCGGAACCGGAGUGGGACAAGGACAGCUUCGAUGGUUACGAAUGCUACGACCCUGAGGACCGUGAAAGCUUCUCCAACGACGAGGAGUACGAAGAGUUCCGCGAAUUUAAGUUCCAGGCCUGGAAGAAUAAGGGUUUUUAUGAAGAAGGUCCAUUCAGGUACAUCUUUCCCCUUACUGAUCUGGAACAACGUUUUAGAAACAUGACAACAAGGGAAUAUUUGGCGGAUAUUGCUUCCUUGUGUGUUAAGAAACUCAACGAGGAGAAGGAUGAACGUGUGUGUAACUUACUUAGGUCUGUGGAAUUUGUAAGUAUAGUGAGAGGCAAUCUAAAAGCAGGAGAUGGGUGGAAGCUUUACAUCACCUUUACGGCUCGAGAGUAUCUGGAUGGUCCACUCGUGGAGUAUCAAGCCAAGGCCAUGGAUUUUGCAGGAGGUGAAACACCUCCCUUCCCCAUUAUCUGCAGACCAGCUCCUUCCAUGUCCUAA